AACAACAAACACGAGAACAUAAACUGGAUUUAUAAAUCAAUCCAUUAAAGUUGUAUCUCUCCAGCAGUAAUCUGACGCGUGUCGUUGCUAAAGAGAAAUGUCUCUAGUCAAGCAGAAUCUCCUCCCGAAUAAUGAGGCAAACAUCAAUAAACUGAUCAACCUCAAACUGACGGCUUCAUAUGUGUAUCUCUCCUUGGGAAUGUAUUUUGAAGAUGAUGUGGCUCUGCCCAACUUCUCAAAGUUUUUUCUAGAGCGUUCACUGAAGGAGAGGGAUCAGGUGGAGCACCUGCUGGAGUAUCAAAACACAAGAGGAGGACGAAUCGUUCUCCAGACCAUUGCGGUGAGUGGGUUUUAGAAGAAAGGUUCACCUAAAAAUGUGAAUUGUCAUUUUUCCUCACCGUCUUGCCGUUCUAUACCCGUAUGACUUUUGUGUAGCACAAAAGGAAAUGUUUAGUAAAAAAUGCAGGUGU